GAAUAAAUAUAUUUUUAUCAAGUUUUGCAAUCCAAAUAUUUAUCAAAUACAAUAUAUUAUAGCGUGUUAAAAAUAUUCAGCUGUGUACAUGGAUGCAUUACCACUAAGAAAUUUUAAAGAUUUUCUUUUGCUGUACAACCACAUAUCUGAAAUGUGUUUCAAAAAAUGUGCAAAUACUUUCCUGUCUCGAGAAAUUACUUCUGAUGAAGAGCUCUGCAUAAAUAAUUGUGUACAGAAAUACAUCUACACUAAUCAUAAGAUAUUGGAAAUAUUCAUGGAAGUACAACCUAGAAUGGUGCACAAAAGAAUUGAGGAGAUAAACAUGGCUCAAGCAGCAACGUUAGAAGCACAAGAUCAGCAAGUCAAAGUGGAACAGAAUCUACAAUAAUACAUCUUUAUCAGUUAUAUGCAAUAUAUUUUUUAAUUUGUCAAAUACUUUUAAUUUCUUUUGCAUCAUAAAUUACGCAGAUCUGUUGAAAUGUAUACAGGGUGACCCAUUUUAACUUAGACAGCCAAAUAACUCGAAA